GUGUAAGACGAAGGGACCCCUCAACCUCCUUAAUCUUUCAUCCACUUCCUCUCAAACAUCUUCCUUCGCUUGUUUGUUCGCCAAGAGAAAAGAGAAAAAAAAGUGCACACGCCCCUAGAACACUAGCAGUUCUCUCUGGCUACUCUACUUCCAUCAAAUCCAAUCUCUCUGUCAAAAACAAUACAAUAUUUAUCUCUAUAUAUAACGAUGAAAGAAAAUUUUGAGCUGGUUACUGUUCGUUAUUUUUAAGAAAGAAGUCUCUAAGUACUCCAUGUUCUUGUUGUUUUGGAUCAUAUCGAAUUGUCUGUUUCCAUCGUUUUACUUGGAAGACGAUAGUAGAAGGACAAGGAUAGCUUAGGAGUGCUUGGGGAUGGAUGAAAUGUACGGUCUGAACUCAAUGGCCGAGUACUCGGACAACUACAAGACGCUUUUGUACCCGGAAAAUCUAAUCCUUCCAGCGGCUGAUUACCACCAGAGCUUCUUUUCGUCGGCGAGUACCUUCCGCGACAAUCGUGUUCCCAUAUUCGGAUCCGACGAGCCCUUCCCGGUAGCAUCGGAGGCCGCUUCCAUCGGCCCCGAAAUUCAACCCGAGGAGGAUAUGUCCAGCAUGAUCAAAGCCAAAAUCGCCUCCCAUCCUUGCUACCCUCGGUUGCUUCAAGCUUACAUUGAUUGCCAAAAGGUAGGAGCGCCUCCGGAGAUAGCAAGUUUGUUAGAUGAAAUCCGGCGAGAAAACGGGCUUUGUAGUCGAUACGCUGUUUCUUCGUGUUUAGGAGCCGAUCCCGAGCUCGACGAGUUCAUGGAAACCUACUGUGACAUGUUGGUAAAGUACAAGUCCGAUCUUGCGAGGCCUUUAGAUGAGGCAACCACAUUCCUGAACAAGAUCGAAAUGCAGCUCACCAAUCUCUGCAUAGGUGCCUCCAAUGGAAGCCUUCCCGAUGAAGCUGCUGUAUCAUCUGAAGAGGAUUUUAGUGGAGGCGAAGUGGAGAUUCAGGACAGUAAACAGAGGGUAGAAGACCAAGAUCUUAAAAACAGGCUUCUACGUAGGUUUGGCAGCCACAUUGGUAGCUUGAAGCUGGAGUUCUCAAAGAAGAAGAAGAAAGGAAAGCUACCAAGAGAAGCAAGGCAAACAUUGCUUCAGUGGUGGAAUGUUCAUUAUAAAUGGCCAUAUCCAACUGAAGCUGAUAAGAUCGCGCUUGCUGAAUCAACAGGCCUAGAUCAGAAGCAGAUCAACAACUGGUUUAUAAAUCAACGAAAGCGUCAUUGGAAACCAUCUGAGAAUAUGCAAUUUGCUGUUAUGGAUAAUCUUUCAGGACAAUUCUUUGCAGAUGAUUGACGUACGUACGUGCAUGCAUGUACAUACUCUAAUGUCUCCCCAUAUAUAAUUUAAUGCUUGUGUUGGUUCCAUGUAUAUGUAAAAAUGGAAACUUGACUGCCAUUGAUAUAUUUAUGUUUAACUUCCUAGCAGAAUUAAAGGAAAAAUAAUUGUAUUUA